GGGAGGUACCUCACAGUAAUGGCGGGCGCGGCGGAGGAUGCCCAUGGUUUGGAGUUCCUAUUGGAGCUAGUUGACCGGUUCCCAUUCAGGGAAGAGUUCACCGACAGCUUGGAGCAGCCAAAUCCGGACACUCUAGGGUUCCUCCGACCGUCCAUGGCCACUGGGCUGCAUCGCCGCCGAUGCCGUUGCCACCGCCCCGUCGCCGUCGACCCCGACACCACCGCUGCUCUCUACAUCUCAGUCUCGCCGGGGCUCCUCUCUGCCUUGGUCCCCUCUACUGGACAGCUGCUCGGCGGUGUGGUCUUUCUCCUAUACUGGUUGGCGGUAUCUCGUUCUCCGGCACUAACAAGUAACAAGUCCAUGGCCCCAUGGUUCUGCACGAGAUCUCUAGUCCGGCAUCCUCCACCAGACACCACGGGUUCAAUACUUUUUCUGGUUUCAACAACAAAAAGACCACUGCUCACUGCUCUGAACAAGAACCACACAAGCGGAUCAUCUAACAUAACCUGUUUGAGGGAAGGUAGUACCAACAAAGAGCAGACCAAAUGAUUUCUUCAGGAAAGAGGAAAAGCCCAUUAACUUCAGAAUUCAUUUGUCAAGUCUGUGAACUGGCAGGUAUAUAUGUUCAGGCUUCAGUUUGUAUAGUCACUAUGCUCUACCAACAGUAG